AUGGUGCAGAAACUGUCUCAGACUCUUUCGAAACUUCGUGUGAGUGAGGACUACCUUUCUCAGGCUGCCUAUGCCGACAUUAAAUAUCUCUGGAACUUGUCCCGAUACACGCCUGACAGAGACAUGAGGUCAAGGGUCAUUGGAGGAUUUGGUAAAGAAAAGUUUGUAGAUCUGUUCCAGCAAAUCUGGACAGCUGCACAGAAGGAAGACAUCUUUGAUUCCACUGUGUUGUACCCAUGGAAGAACUUGCGAAAUUCAUUGUCGAUUGUCUGGAAUUGCUGUGACAGUUCCUUAGCAGUGUGUGAACAAAUCACUGUGUCUGGAAUACUGCCUAAGAUCCUAGAGUCUUUGAAGGAGGUCUCUGCAACAAAGAACUUCUUAGAAAAUGACAGAAAAUUAUAUUAUAUCAAAGCAUUGUUUGGAAUUUUACACAACUGUGUUCGAAAUUAUUCUGAUUGUCACGCCGUUCUUAUCAACUCAAAUGGAAUAGAAAGUCUACAUAGUUUUACUACCUGUUCCCAUCCAAUGGUAAAGGCAAAGUCUCUUAUAAUCAUAUCAUACUUAGCUGAUGAGGAACAAAAUGAAGUGAUUAGUGCAAGUUUGGACACGCUGACAUUCAUAGUGAAUAUCUUACAAGAGAGUUUGACAUCGGUGGAUCACUUUGCUGCCAAAUAUGGUAUGAACGCUGUGGAGGUUCUGAAAGGGUUGAACAAUAUUGCUCACAAUGACACUAACAAGGUGAAACUUGUUGCUUGUGGCAUUCUGCCCUGUCUCCGAUCCCUUCUGGCGUCCGAGUCCAACAUGGAGAAAACAUUGGCGGCAACAGGAAUAUGGACUCUCUCCUUUGCAAGAGAAAAUAAAACUAUUUUGAAAGAGGAUCAAGAAUGUAUAAAAGGUCUGCAGAAUCUUGCAAGGUGUGAAGAGAAGUCAGUCAGCCAUGCAGCAAGAGGGGCAUUAUGGGAAAUAUUCCAUGACCAGCAGAUUUCUCUAGAUCCAGACCGUGAGGCCAACACACCACAUGUGAUGAUCAGUUACCAAUGGGAUGCCCAGGAUGUCAUGAUCAAGGUCAAGGACAGGCUGAGGCAAGCUGGCUUCAAAGUCUGGAUGGAUGUAGAACAUAUGAGUGGGUCUACCCUGGAGGCCAUGGCACUGGCAGUGGAGAAGGCGGCAGUGGUCCUCAUCUGUAUGUCCGACAAGUACAAGCAGAGUCCCAGCUGCAGGACCGAAUCAGAAUACAUUUUCCGUCUGCGAAAGGAUAUAAUUCCACUCCGUCUACAGUCAAAGUUUGUGCCAGAUGGCUGGCUGGGAAUGCUUGUUGGGUCAAGGCUGUAUUUUGACUUUAGCCAGAUAGACAUGGUCGACAAACAGAUGAUAAAACUCCUCCGUGAGCUGGGGAGCAGAGGCAAAAUCAGAUCUACCAGCCUUCAUGACUUAGCAGAUGGUAUGUACAUGUCAUCCAGUGGCUCAAGUCUGCUGACCGACUCUCUCAGCCAAUCAAUAAGCUGCUGGACAAGGAAGGAGGUUGCUGAUUGGCUGUCAGCCACAGGGUUUGACCAUGUGAAAGAAAGGUUUUCAGAGUUUGAUGGAGGCUUACUUUUUGAGAUGAAGAAAUUACAAAAAAAUGCACCUGAGUUCUUCUACGCAAACCUCAAGUCAGAAAUAGGACUAAAAUUCUGUGAUAUUCUAAGAUUUUCAAGAGCUUUAUCAGUGCUGUGAUAUGUUAAAAUAUGAAACUGUACGUAUCCUAAAUGUCAAAUAAGUAACAGCUUUGCCAAAAGGACAACUCAUUUAAGUGCUUGAUGUGGAAUGUAGUAUUAUCAUGACAAUCAUGUUGGGGAAAGAAUGUUGGGUUUGUUUGUUUUCUUGUUGUGCGAUAUCAAACUCAGCAAUAUUUCAGCUACAUGGUUGCAGCCUGCAAUA